UCGGAACCUCCGUUUCUCUUCAUCACAGUGAGAAGCUUGGCCUAGAAGAUCUCCAGGGGCCUUCUGAACUCUUGGAAAUUGGGCUGUUUUGAGAGGCUUGAAGCAGGAAGAGGCUGGGGUAGGGAGGAAAUCGGACCUCUUCCAUCUCUCCAGGGAUGGGGCUGAGCCAGAUGAUAUCAUAAUGGGCAGGGACCAUCCUAGAGGAGGAACCAGGGUGGGGUAGGAGCAGGAAGGCUGCUGGGGAGGGAAGCUGAGAGAUCCUCCACAGGAGUGGGGCGGAGCAGCUAGGAGCACCUGCUGGGCUAGAGGCGUGGGCUAUCUGGGAAAGGGGAGGGUGGUCACUGAUGUCUUGCAGGAGCCCUUGGUAGGUAGAGCCCACCACAGCAUCCCCUAGACCCCACUAUGUUCCUCUUUUCCCAUAAGACCAAGACCCCCAUCAGCACCUACAGUGACUCCUACAGGGCUCCUACCUCCAUCAAGGAGGUCUAUAAGGACCCACCUCUGUGGGCCUGGGAAGCCAACAAGUUUGUGACCCUGGGCCUGACUCAGACUGAGCGGCGCCACGUGGAUCCUGAAGCCCUGCAGAAGAUGGUCAAGUGUGCUGUGCAGGACUACAGCUAUAAGGGGUCCAUACCAGGCCACCCCUACUUGCCUGAGAAAUACUGGCUCUUUCAAGAGGAAGACAAAUGCAACCCAAACUACCUGUGUGGUAACCAGUAUGACACAUGGAGGAUGGGACCGUACAACCGCACCGGCUGGAACAAAUGUACCACAUACCUUCACCGGCUGCCUAAGGAGGCCGGGAUGGAGACAGUAGUUCGAGGAAUGCCCUUGGUGUACCCUCCUAAGCCGGAGCGACUCAACGCCUACGAGCGAGAGGUAGUGGUGAACAUGCUGAACUCGCUGUCCCGCAACCAGCCGCUGCCGCAGAUCACGCCUCGCUGCGGGUGUGUGGACUCGCUGCCGGGCCGCCUGCCCUUCCAGGGUUAUAAAAGCGCUUGCUCGGGCCGCCACUACUGUCUGCGCGGGAUGGACUACUGCGUCGCCGGGCCACCGUGCACCGAACGCCGCCUGCGGCCUUUGUGCGCAGAGCAGCCGACUGUAAGGAGUGUAUCGCCCUGCGAGCACCGGGCCGGAAUGCAAUGUGCUGUUAUAACUCCCCCGCCAUCGUACUACCCUUGUCCGAACCUUAGAUGGGACACAAGUCACUUCAAGAAGACCGGUGGCCCCCAGAGAAACAACUAUGUGGUCCACCCUGAGUUUGUGUCGGAGACCUAUCCUGAUUACCACUGCUGGUAGAGCCUGGCCUGGCCGGGCCAAGGGGGCUGAGCAAUAAAUAAACUCUUCACCCUAAA